AUGAGCGAAGUCACCGCUACCCCUAACAACGAUGAUGCUGCAAAGACGGACACCAAAAAGAGGAGCCGAAUUCUUCGCUCCGAUCAGGUAUAUGACUUCCAAACUAGUCAAGUCCGUUUGAUCAAAUCGGUCAAAUCCGACAGCAAAAAACAGAAUGGGCGGAAAGCCCUUCUGAGAGUGCGGAGACUCAUGGAUGAGACAGGCUUUCACACUAAGACUGAGGUCGAUAUCAAAUCCGGCCGGCUAGCUCAGGUCAUGCGGCAAAUUAAUUCGGACGUCGAUGAUAUCUCGCUGAAAUCAAAUCCACCGGUCGUUCCUCUAGAACUGUUUUAUCACAACCGAGCGGCCCUGCAAGAGCAGUUGGACAAAGCAAGAAUAUCGGAGCCAAAAGACGUUGAACUCAUCACAGACUUAGUAGACACUCUGAAAUUCGCCGAGGAGGAUCACGCCACGAAUAUUGCUAAUCUUGAGCCGCUUCUCGCCGCCGGGGAGAUUACGUGGGAACUCCUAUGGGCUAUCUUCGCCCCAAACAUCUUGAUCUACCGAUAUCACCGACUCGUAGAGCAAGAUCAAAUUCUUCAGCUCCGAAGCAUCAAGCAGCUCAAGAGACGAGACAAAACGAGACUUUGGUGUUUGGACUGUCGCAUCGUAGCAGAUGAUGGCGUCAAGUUCGGCCUGGCAUCAGAACCAUUCGCAAUGCUCAUCGAUGAAUUCACUGGGGCCCGAAAGAUUGCGGACUUGCGCAUCUUUCCUCUCGAGUACCACAAGAACAAAGAGGAGAUAUGUGCCAAAGCAUUGGUCCGCGGACGUCGUUUCGCAGGCCUUCAUGAACCUCGGGUGAUGGAGACAAGUGGGCCGGCCAUGUUCGAGAACCGUACCACUCGAUGGGAGCCUUAUCCGAUCAAGUUUGCUUCCCAUGGAAGGAUGAUCAUCGACCCCGCCGGCUUUCGAUCUGUGAACCCGAACAUAAGCUUCAUGCCCGAAGUACACGCGGGACUUUCACGGGAAAACUUGACUGAAGAGGAGCUUAUUAUCUGUACACCUGUAGCACUUGGCUUUUGCUUUGGUAACUCGAAAUGGGGUGUGCCACCUUCGAAUCCCAUCACAAAAUCCUGCGCGAACAUGAACAUCAGCUAA